AGACAGCCUCAUAAUUGUGUGCCACAUCAUUAUCAUGGGAUAAUGCCCACUGUGGUGAACAGUGAGUGGCCCUUCUUCCUCUCAAUACCCCUCUCUCCCUCUUGUGGGUAGCGUUGUGCGUCUUUUCCUCAGCAGCAACCGGAGAGCGGCUGCUCGCCUGCUCCUCCUCCUAGGGAAAGGACAGCGGCGGCGGCGGCGGCGGCGAGAAGUUGGGCCUGAAGCCCGGACGCUUUCUCCCGAGAUACCGCAAUACUGCUAGAGCACUGUGUAAGGAAAUCUCUCUCUCUCUCUCUCUCCCUCUCUGGUUUAGAUCUCUAGCCACAGAACGUGUGCUAAGUUAGCUAGCGCGGAGGGCUUUCACUUGCUCCAAUCGUGGCCAUUUGGGAAAAAGGUUCUGGCAACUGCUCAGGUACCCGCUGUGGUCUCUGUUCACCUAAUUUCGUGCAAAGUUUGUGCAUUCGGCCGGUGUCGAUGCCGACAAAAUCUAGGUGCCCCCAAAACGAUGCGAGUGCUCAAUACUCUAGAUUUGAAGGUCGUGUGGUGCGACCUCUUUGCUGGAAUGGUGUGAGAUUUGUGCAUCUCAACAGCUUUUUGCUGUUCCGUGCGAUUUCCUUUUUUUUUGUAGCUAAAGAUUUUGAAAUAAAGGAGGUCAGUUGGCCAGAUAUUCUUAGUGGUAGAUGAUGCCAAAACACGAGUUGGGUUUGUGUAUAUCUGGAACUAUUCUAUUUGCCAUUUGAAGCGCAGGCCUGGUGCGUGGUGGAAGCUAUUUUACUGAGUCACAGGUCGCUGGUUUAAAGCAGCCUCUUGGAUCUGCCUUUCUAUUCUAUUUGCCUUUAAUUUCUUGUUUCAUGUGAGGGAAUGAAGCUCCUUCUUCGGCUCAGGAUGGUAGAGAACUAUGCGUGCUAUGCUUAAGUCAUGUUACAUGUUAAUUUUUUCCAUUGCCUGCUAUUGUUAGCAGUUGCCAACUUGGCAGUGCUGAUUUUAUUUGGACCAACCUCAUGAUGUUAUUCAUAGAGAACAGCUAGACUUCACAAUGGCGCUACAAGCAGAUAGUUCAUAAAGAGAAUAAAAUCGCAGCAAACCAUGUUCCUGCUCGCAGCAACAUAUUUGGAAGCAUGUUGUCACAAAGCACAUGAAUUCGACUUUUGACCCUGCAUCUUAUGGGAAGUGAUGAACCUCUGGAGCUCUUGUGUGUGCUCCUUGGAUAUUGAAUUCUCUUAUCCAAAUUUUGGUGUUGUAAUAAUGUAUGCAUCAGUACUUUUGCUGAAUAUGAAUUGCUUUGUCUUUACAGCACUAAUGUUUGCUUAUGACAAUGGAGUCACCUACAACUGCCGCUGGUGGUGAACUGGAGAGCUACUUCUCCUUGGGUUUGACAGUAUCCCACUCACAGAAAGAUAAUGCUGAAUUUCCAAAGGUUCUGUUGCUUCUCUCAGCGUAUCUUGACAAGACAGUUCAGCAGAAUGAAGAGUUACUAGACUCCAGUAAAAUAAAGGAGUCGACCACUAUCUUUCAUGGUCAGAGGGUGCCUGAACUUAGUAUAAAGCUGUAUGCAGAGCGUAUUUUCAAGUAUGCAAAGUGCAGCCCAUCUUGCUUUGUGCUAGCACUUAUCUACAUGGAGAGAUAUCUACAACAACCAAACAUUUACAUGACGUCAUUUAGUGUUCAUCGCCUGCUUAUUACAAGUGUUGUUGUUGCUGCCAAAUUCAUAGAUGAUGCGUUUUUCAAUAAUGCAUACUACGGGAGAGUUGGAGGAAUUAGCACAAGAGAGAUGAAUAUGCUUGAACUGGAUUUAUUGUUCGGUCUGGACUUCAGGCUCAAAGUGGAUAUAGAGACUUUCGAAAGCUACUGCUUACAGUUGGAGGAAGCACUGGUUCUUGUUUUGGAGAGACCAAUUCAGGUCCAAGAGGCCAACGUAACUAAACACUUGAUUUGUAACAGCAGCGCCGAUGAGACUUGCAAACACGAGCUCGGGCUUGAAAGGUACAGCAGUCAGGCUGUCCAAGGGUGUAGUUGGUAAAUGUGAUUGGGCAGAUAGUUUUGAAAAAAGUGUAUGGGUCCGAGUAUUGGUAAUUCUUUUAUUUGACAUUUAAGUUGUUCAGUUGGCCUUGUUUAGUAGGGCCGUUAUUCUACUUCUCUACAACACUAGUGCUUGUGAGCCACGCCGUUCAGUUUUUUUGCGGAGUGAGUUUGAAAACAUUACUGGAGUCCGGCCACGUUCAAGUAUCAUUUCAUUAAUUAUAUUUUUACUA